AGGAGGGAGUAGAAGGGAACGGAAAUUCUCUUCGGACCGAUACUUCUUGCGCACCCCUCUCUCUCCGUCUCACCGUCCGUAUCUUUUUCUUGGUAUAUUGGAGGCGACGAGAUCUGGCCGCCCUCGCGUGAGGGUUUUGCCGCCUGAUGGCUUCGUCGGGAAAGAUGGAGGGGCCGUCGGCGCCAGCGCUUCGGCGGGACCCAUACGAGGUGCUCUCCGUAUCAAGGGACUCCUCCGACCAGGAAAUCAAGUCUGCCUAUCGCAAGCUCGCGCUCAAGUAUCACCCGGACAAGAAUGCUAGCAACCCAGAAGCGUCAGAUCUCUUCAAAGAAGUUGCAUAUUCAUACAGUAUCCUUUCAGAUCCUGAGAAACGAAGGCAAUAUGAUACUGCUGGUUUUGAGGCGUUGGAAAAUGAAGGAAUGGAUAUGGAGAUUGAUUUGUCCAAUCUUGGAACUGUCAACACAAUGUUUGCUGCACUUUUUAGCAAGCUUGGAGUUCCAAUCAAGACCACGGUAUCUCCUACUGUUCUCGAAGAAGCUAUGAAUGGAACAGUUACAGUGCGACCACUCCCAGUUGGGACAUCAGCUACGGGAAAGGUUGAAAAACAAUCUGCUCAUUUUUUUGGUAUAACAAUAAGUGAAGAACAAGCUCAUUUAGGAAUAGUUAUUAGAGUUGCCUCUGUUGCACAAAGUAAAUUUAAGCUUCUUUUUUUCGAACACGAAGUUAGUGGAGGCUAUGGACUAGCUCUGCAGGAAGAUAGUCAGAAGACUGGCAAGGUGACAUCUGCUGGCAUGUAUUUCUUGCACUUUCAAGUGUACCGUAUGGACUCGACAGUGAAUGCGUUGGCAAUGGCUAAGGAUCCCGAGGCUGCGUUCUUUAAAAGAUUGGAAGGUCUCCAACCUUGUGAAGUGUCGACUCUCAAACCCGGAACUCAUAUAUUUGCUGUAUAUGGUGACAAUUUUUUCAAGCCAGCUAGCUAUACAAUUGAAGCAAUGUGUGCAAAGAGUUAUGAAGAGACAACGGAGAGGCUAAAAGAGAUAGAGUCUAAAAUUCUAGAGAAAAGAAAUGAUCUGCGCCAGUUCGAAACGGAGUACAGAAAAGCUUUGGCACGGUUUCAGGAAGUGACCACCAGAUAUACGCAGGAAAAAGAAGCGGUUGAUGAUAUGUUGAGAGAAAGGGAUGACAUCCACUCUGCGUUCACAACAGAACGAACUAUCCUGAGCUCUGUUGGGCCUUCUAGCAGCAGCAGUAGAUAUCCAGCUGAGCAGAGCAGAACCGAGAGUCCUGAGAAUGGUAACAUAGACGGCAGAGACAAAUCGAGCAAAAAGAAGUGGUUUAAUCUAAAUCUAAAUAGAUCAGACAAGAGAGCCUGAAAUUUUUAUCAUUCAUCUAUAUCAGCAUGUGCGCCCCAAUAUUGUACAUUAAGCAUUGUGUCUUGUGAGCUGUACCCUUGUUCUUGGAUUUUUGUAGCAUAACAGUUUUGAGUAAAAUCAUGUAUGCAUUAUACUGAGUACUCAGAAAGGUGUCAGGCCUUUCCCACAUACCUCAAGAUUUAAAUGCCAUUUCUUUGUACGUUCA